CUUUUAAUCUGGACAAUGAGCAGCCAGAUUAUGAUAUGGACUCGGAGGAUGAAACCUUACUGAACAGACUAAAUCGGAAGAUGGAAAUCAAGCCGCUGCAGUUUGAAAUAAUGGUUGACAGACUCGAAAAAGCCAGUUCUAGUCAGCUUGUAACACUUCAGGAAGCUAAAUUGCUGCUAAAUGAGGAUGACUACCUUAUUAAGGCUGUAUAUGACUACUGGGUAAGAAAGCGUAAGAAUUGCAGAGGGCCAUCUCUCAUCCCCCAAAUCAAACAAGAGAAGAGGGAUGGCUCCACCAACAAUGACCCUUACGUUGCCUUCCGGAGGAGAACUGAGAAGAUGCAGACAAGAAAGAAUCGAAAGAACGAUGAAGCAUCUUAUGAGAAGAUGUUGAAAUUAAGAAGAGAGUUUAGCAGAGCCAUAACAAUUUUGGAGAUGAUUAAAAGAAGAGAAAAAACGAAACGCGAGCUAUUGCAUUUAACGUUAGAAGUUGUUGAGAAAAGGUACCAUUUGGGCGAUUACGGAGGUGAAAUCCUCAAUGAAGUGAAGCUUAAUAGACCUGAAAAAGAGAUGAGCACAACUCCAUCCACUCUUCAUAAUGGAAAUCACCACAAAGUUCAAGAAUGUAAAGUUAAGCAUCCUCAUCAUUCAUCUCUAAAGGAGGAGGUGUCAGAUGUUGUACGUCAAAAGAAGAAGUAUCUAAAGAAACCUAAAAUAGAGUGCGUAGUAACUCCACAACAGCCCUCUACUGAGCCCUUGCCUGUUAUCAACAAGAGUGACAUUAAACAGUAUGACUUUCACAGUUCAGAUGAAGAUGAGUUCCCACAG